AUGCCCAACGACAAAGAACUUCAUCAGGUUACGCCUGAGCCCGUCUUCGCAUUAGAUGAAGAAGAGAUACUAUCCGACACCGACCCCCAACACCAUGCCCACCAUCACCACCACCCCCAUGACUCCCCACAAAAGAAACCAAUAUCACAAUGGUUAAUCCCCAUUCUAUACCGCAUGCAAAAAUAUAGUGCAUACACCUUCGUUUCAUUCUUGGGUAUCCAUAUAACAUCUGUGGUUAUCGUGCCGAUAAUCCCUGUCGAUAAAGAAGUGAAACAACAAAUAUUUUCAUUAGCUAAAGCUGUAUAUCAAGAUGUGCCAUUUUUUGAACCUAUUGCCAUUUUUGGUGCUUCAUUAGUUCAUGUUAUUGCUGGUUUGGGGUUGAGGUUGGUGCGUGGGUAUAAGAAGCAUCAAAUUUAUAAGAAAUUAGAACAAAAGAGGGAAAAGCACAAGGAAGGAAGAGUGGGAGGAGGAAGAGGUGGUGGUUCAAGUAGAGGGGUUGCAAUUGCCAAUAAUAAUGAUUCAUUCAAUAUCCGUGAUGAUGAUGAUGAUAUUGGUUUUGGUGGACUAUCAAACAUUUUCGGUUUAGGGUAUAGGAAAUCCUUCAUUUCAAAAUUUUUGGGAAUCACCCCAUUACAAUUUUCAGGAUACUUAUUGAUACCCGUUAUCGCAUACCAUUUCUACAAGUUUAAGUAUGUUCCCAUGGCCAUUGAAGGAGAUUCAUCAUUGAUCAAUUUAGAUUAUAUUUCUUUUGUGUUGAAUUUAAAGCAUCCUAAAUUUCAAAGCUUGGCUUUGACUAGUCUUGUGUGGAUCAUGUCGUACCAUGUGACUAAUGGGGUGAUGAAGUUGAAUUCAUGGUUUAGUCAAAAAUGCAAACGUAUUGGGUUGGCUAUUGUUAAUGUUGUUGGUGUUUGUGGUAUGGUUGCAGUUUAUUUAUUUAAAAAGGAAGAGAUUGAUAGUGGAGACUUCCUUGGUAAAGUGUUUACCAAGUACAUCAAUUCAUUCUUGUUGUAA